AUGAGGAAGGUGGUGGUGAUGAUGGUGAUGGAGGUGGUGGUGAUGAGGAAGGUGGCAGUGAUGAUGAUAGAGAGGGUGAUGAUGAGGAAGGUGGUGGCGAUGAUGGUGAUGAAGGUGGUGAUGAUGAGGAAGAUGUUAAUGAUGAAGGUGGUGGUGAUGAGGAAGGUGGUGGUGAUGAUGGUGGUGAAGGUGAAGCAUCUGACCAUUAAGAACGAGGAAAAGCAGAAGGAGGUGGAGGGAACUGGGCAACCAGAUGAAGUCGACAUUUAUACGGUGAAGACCGAAGAGCUGUCGUUCACAUCUGCCUUCUGCCUGCAGAUACAGCGAAAUGACUACGUCCAUGCCCUGGUCACCUAUUUUAAUAUUGAAUUUACCAAGUGCCACAAGAAAAUGGGGUUUUCCACAGCCCCCGAUGCCCCCUACACCCACUGGAAGCAGACUGUCUUCUACUUAGAAGAUUACCUCACUGUCCGGAGGGGGGAAGAAAUCUAUGGGACCAUAUCCAUGAAGCCAAAUGCCAAAAAUGUGCGAGACCUCGAUUUCACGGUAGAUUUGGAUUUUAAGGGACAGCUGUGUGCAUCUGUAUCUAAUGACUACAAAAUGCGUUAGCACACGUGGGAAGCUGCAGAGAGCGAGCAAGAAGAGAAACUCUUCCCUCCAUCUGCGGCUCCGUAACAAGGACUCCACGCUCGAAAACCAGAGUUUUAAAUUCUGCCUUGAAGAUUGGUGAACUCACCAGGGCUCCCGUGGGCCCUGCCACGGGACACAGAGCCUCCAGCUCCCCGACUCUGCUCUGGGAGCCCUUCACCGAGGCUUUGCUGUCGCCCACACAGACCAGCCUCCAGUGCUGGGGCUGGGGCCCCGAGGAUGGAAAAGUGCACACGUAUACCCAUUGUCCUCCUUAACUGUGAAUCUCCGGAACUUCCAAGUUUUGCAUGCUGCAGGCAUCUAGGACAGACUGCUUCACUAGAACCUGGACACGUAGUGUCUUUGAUAGCGUAAGCCAGAUCACCCGUCUGUGCGGUGGCGUGUGCGUGCGCGUGCGCGUGCGUGCGUGCGCGCCUCCAGCAGACCCAUUAGUUUCUCUGCCCACACCACCUGUAUAUGCAUGCAUAUACAACCACGUGGGUAUACGUCUGUGUUCAUUCAGGGUGUGUGUGUGCGUGCGUGCGUGCGUGUGCGUAGAAUAUAUAUUACUCUCAGAGGAGAUUCUGUUGCUUUCGAAUAGGAAUUUGUUUUGUGAUUAGUUUUCCCCCUUCCCCAUCCCUUACAGAUGUUAAGCAGCUAUGAAACGUUCUCUGUACCGGCUCUGGUCUCCUUUUGAUAGACUGUGUCUCUGAACCCUGAGCAUAGUACCACGCACUCUG